AUGGCCGUGGCAGCUCGAUGGGGAAAAUCACGGGAAAAGGAAACCUAUGAGGUCUUCGGGCAGAUGAAAAUGGGCCCUGCCGGGGGCUGCCCGGCAGAGCUCCACGGAAAGAAGGCGCGAAUCAAGUGCUCCGAGGGCGACAUCUUCGAGCUGCCCGCGGAUGCGGUCGCCCUAUCAUUGCGAGCACGCAAGGAUCUACUCGAGAAGGGCUGUGACCAAGAGCUGGACUACCCGAUUAAGAAGUCAGUCAUGGCCAAGUUGUCGGAGUACCUGAAACACCACAAAGAGCAUGCCUGCAGUGAAAUUCGAACGCCGCUUGUGAGUGACAACUUGGUGGACUGUGGUGCCAGCAGAUGGGAUGCUAGUUUCGUGAAUGUUGACAAAGAGACGCUCUUUGAUCUCACUGUGGCAGCUACAUAUCUUGACAUCCCUGGCCUGUGGUUUCUCCUGAGUGCUAGGGCUGCGGUCAUCACCAACAACAAGACAGCAGACAAGCUGCGCAAAGAGUUUAGCAUGGCCAACGAUUUCCCAGCAGCAGAGGAAGCAGAGCUUAGACGGGAGUAUGCGGCAGCCUUCAAGUUACCAGAUACUACGGAUCUGUCGCAACUGGCUGCAUCAUCAGUGAUUCGCAGCGGUGUCAAGGCUGCAGAGUACAAGUCAGGUCUUCAACCGCUGGCCGAACCCUCCAGUGAAACAUCUUCUGAAAUGACUUUGAAGAGCUGGCGCCAUGCCAUGUGGAGGGCAGCUGUCUUGGAUGAUUGGAAGCUCUUGGCCAAUGCUCCGGAGCAGGUGAAGGGCGACCGUGACCUGGUAAAGAGUGCCAUCCUGACAAGCCAGGGCGCUGCUUUGAAGUAUGCCGCCUCUGAAUUGAAGGCUGACCAGGCACUGGUCCUGGAUGCCACCAAAUACUCAGGCAUGGCUUUUGCAGAUGCAGCUCCAGAGCUGCGCAACGACAAAAGCUUCCUUUUGAAGGCUGUGGGCGCUCAUGGUGGUGCUAUGUCCGGUGCUCCAGAUUCGAUGCGCAGUGACAAAGCAUUCCUGCUAGAAGCAGCAAAGGCUGGCAAGGGUGCAGCCAUGCAGGGAGCUAGCUUAGCUUUGCGUGAGGAUCGCAACUUCGUCUUGGAGAUGGCAGUGCAUGAUGCUGAGGCAUACCGCUAUGCAUCAGAGGACCUCCUGAACGAUAAGGACUUCGCAGUGGCUGUUGCCAAACGAAAUGGAAAGGCCCUGAAGUUCAUGUUGCCCAUUUUCAAGGCCGACCCAGAUGUUGUGCGGGCAGCCAUUUCCAGAGAUCCGCAGGCUGCUCAAUUUGCCCAUGCAGCGAGACGAGCAGAGCUGGGCAUGACCCAGGAGUCAAUCAUGGGAGAAGUGCAGCUGAAGGAAGAGUUGCAGAGUCAAUUGAAGGCCGCACAGGACGAGGCUUCAUCAACUACAGCUCUGGCAAUCGCAGCUGGCCCAAGACAGGUACCAGUACAGGCAAUCUCAGGUGGAAUGCAUGCAACCUGCAUGAGGUUGCAGAAAACCGUUUACUUCACAGCUAUGAGCACUAUGACGGCCAACAUGGGCCAGGCCAACUACAUUGCCUCGAAUGCCUACAUGGACAAGAUCCCUGCAUAUGAGCGGCCAGAGGUAGAUGCAGUGGGUUUGAUGUGGGGUGCUGUGGGCGGAAUCGGCAUGCGUUGGAAAGCCUUCGCCUCCGAAGAUGUGCUCAACAAGACUCCCGAGGCUCUACUCACCAUCCCCGACUCCAGCAAGGUCCUCCACGUGGCCUGCUGCACCAUGUUUCCCCCUGAAUGGUUCUCGGCCUCCCACUUCGAUGAAAUGACCCGCGGCUACUACCUCUCCCCCACCGCUGGGCAAAUCAAGCUAGAGCUCAGUGAAGCGGCAGCCCAAUCAUGGGAGAAGCAAGUGAAUCAAGGGGACAUGGACAAGAAAGCGCUUGAGGACUUGCCGACCAUUGACAGACGUCCAGUGCCCAACAACUUCGCCAAUGCCCCGCUGGGCGGCUGGCCUAGCUUGGUCACCUCGAGCCCAGCGGUGACCAUGUCCAUGCCCUUGCAGAAGGGAUCCAAAGUCCGUUUGACCGGACUCCGUGCCAAGAACGGUGUCACUGGCAUCUUGAUUCAGCAGUUUGGUGAUGGGAAGUGGAAGGUGAAGCUGGACGACGGUUCAGGAACCGCGGCAGCGAGCUCCGCCGUGUCGAGCAAGAGACCGGGACGUGCGCAUCUGUGUACUUUGAGGGGGAAGACGGGGACAGAGAAAGCCGUGGUGGCGGUGGCCGAGACAGCCGCAGUCGAAGCCGAUCUCGCCGGUCCUCACGUCGCAGGUCAAGAUCUCGAGGACACGUUCCAUCCCAACCUUGACAAGGGCCUCAACAUCCGAGUGAAUCGCAUCACUCGCGAACGGAAAGAGGAUGAGAUCGAUGACGAAGUGAAGAAGCUUACUGCGGAAGGUGAGCUGGAGAAGGCUGCAAAGCUGGAAGCCCGGAGGCCGCUCCAUGUGGGCAAUGUCUGCCAUAUCGCUGAGGAGCGCACCAUCAUCCAGUCCAGCGACGGGUCGAGAAAGGAUCGCUUGAAGAAGGGUGAAGAGUUCAGCGCGGACGAGUAUACCAUGUUCAAGGAGGACCACCAAGGGAUCCUGGAUCGCUUCACCCAUGCGGAUUGGUCCACUUCGGAGGCGCUUUUGAAAGAGUAUGGCCAGAUUCUGAUGGAUGACUAUGCCAACAGUUACUACAUGCUCGAAGCGUUGAACGCAGAGAUGAAAGGUGACAGGCCGCUGAUGCAGAAGUUGGUGCGCCAGGGGCAGAUUCUCUCGCAGAUCCAUCAGCUGGCUGCGCCCAUGAAGCGGCCGCCGCGGGACUUGGUGCCACGCUUCUUUGAGCGUUUUGACCACGAGGCCUCACGUGCCGCCUUCGAAGAAGGGGUCCGGCACUUCGAGAAGAACCUCGUGCAGCGAGCCGUGGACAAGAGAAACGAGGAGGCCGCCAAGGAGAAGGAAGCGGCGGCGACGCAGGGGUACGAAGCGAAGCCGCUGGUCGAGGCCAUGUACGACCUGAGCAAGGAGGAGCGGAUCAAGAUGUCUCCAGGGAACCUUGAUCCGGUGGAAGUCUUUGAAAGUUUGCCCGAAAAGCUGCAGCAAUGUUUCAAGACAGGUGACAUUGAGCUCUUGAAACAGGUGGCGGAGGAGAUGCCGGAGGAGGAGUUUGAGGAGCACUUUCAACGAACCAUCGACUCCGGGCUGUGGCGUCCAGGGUGA